GUCUUACUACAAACCUCUGGACAAGUCACUUUAGUUUGUUGCUCCAGUCUCAUGGUCAUGUAUCUCCCAGAGGAACGGCCUGUGCUGGACUUACCUUACCAAAUGAAUUAUUUGGCUAAUAACUAUGGAUAUUAUCCACAAGACUGUAAGGAACCCAUUUUCCACACUCAACAUGGCCUCAAUAGCAGGAUGAACAGUCCUGAAGCUGAACUGACCUCACUGCCAGUGCAUGUAUCCCUGCAAGAUCGAGAGCUUUGGGACAAAUUCAGCAGUAUUGGCACAGAGAUGCUGAUUACUAAAUCUGGAAGGCGGAUGUUUCCCAGCUGCAAAGUAACAGUGACAGGACUAAAUCCAAAAGUCAAGUAUGUGGUGAUAAUGGACAUGGUGCCUUUUGAUAACCACAAGUACAAGUGGAAUAAGGACCGUUGGGAAGUGAAUGGUUCAACUGAUCCACACCUGCCCAACCGGUUCUUCAUCCAUCCAGACUCUCCUGCACCUGGAGAGAAAUGGAUGCAGUAUCCAAUCUCCUUUCACAAGCUCAAACUGACCAACAACACCCUCAACUCUAAUGGCCUGGUGGUUCUCCACUCCAUGCAUAAAUACCAGCCCCGUCUACACAUUGUCCAAUCUCCAGACCCCUGUAACCCUCACAACUCUGGCGGUUACCUGCGCUUCACCUUCCCUGAAGCUGCUUUUAAAGCUGUCACAGCCUACCAGAACCAAGAGAUCACAAAACUCAAGAUUGACAACAACCCCUUUGCUAAAGGCUUUCGUGACAAUGGGCUGAACAGGAAAAGGUUUAGAGAAAAAGAGAGCCAAGAGACCCAGGAUUCCGUUGGACAGGCCAAACCAGAUUUGACAUCAAAUGACCAUGUAGGACAGCCACAGAAGGAUGAGGAAGUGGAUGUGACCGUGUCCAGCUCUGUUGACUGCAGAAGAACACUGAAUUCUUCAGAAGUGGCUUCCUCGGUCACCCCCAACCCUUUCAUAUCAGCCUUCAUAAACCCCAGCACUGCUGGAGGACCUUCACCCCAUCAGACACACACCAUUCUCAGCCUCAGUAACAGACACCUGAACAGUCCCAGAGAAGCCAGACCCUCCAGCCUCCAUAGUCUGUGUGCAGCUUUGCCUGUGGCCCAGAGCUUCUGUGUCCAGUCCUCCACAGGAGACACCAACCUCAGCAGCCCUCUAAACCCUCAGCAGCACCAUCACCACUGCAGCCCAGCCUCUCAAACCCCAGGCAGAUCCAUCAUCCAGCUCCAGCCUUAUUUUCAGACCCCUCCACAUCCCUCACGACAAUGUCCUGACAUGGAGCUGCCCCUCCCUCUGCCUCCCAAACUGAGCCGGAUGCAACUCCCUGAAAGUGCUCUGAGGAACCUGGAGAUGACCUCAGGCUCUGACUAUGCUAAUCUGAGGCCCCUCACUGACAUCCUCAACAGGAUCCAUUUUCGAGCUUUAGCCUCAGGACCAUCGGGGAAGGUCCUGCAAAAUCCCCCCCAACCUGAGCAGUACCUCCGUGGCUCAGACCGAGAGCUGCGUCCGCAGAUUUAUCCAGCGGUGCAGGAAUACAUCGAUCAGCAGUUCACAUUAAACAGCAUGCUGAGCAGCCAGACUGAACACAGAUCACAGAUGGACUAUGUCAGUGCCAGACCACUAACUGAGUAUUACUGUGAACAGCAGCCUGGGAAAUGAAGUUUUUCAGUCAUCAUU